CUGCGAAGUUUCUCAUUUCCAGGAUCAGACUUGAAGAUCCCCUCUAGCUUCUGUUUGCGCGUUUUGUCCUCUCAAACCCUAACCCUAAAGCCACCCUCUUGUCCCGAUCUGAACAAGAUUUGCGCGGGAAAAUUACUUGUAUCUUUACUAAAACCUUGAUACCGUCUCUCUUGGCCGAUUAAAUUUUAGCUUUAAGUUGGAUUCGAUUACUUUCUUCUGACAGAUCUUGAAUUCUUUCACACGAAAUUGCGCUUUGUCCGCUUGAGCGAUGUCUCGUUGCUUCCCGUAUCCUCCACCGGGAUAUGUGAAGAAUGGUAUUCGUGAUGAGGCUCUGAUCGAAUCGAUCAAGCUCCAACGCUCUGGAGAGAAGGCCAAGAAGGAAAGGAAAGGAAGGAAGAAAGAUAAAAAACGGGAGAAAAAAGAAAAGGAAAAGGUUGGGGGAAGUGGAGCGGUUGAAAGUAAGAAGCACAGACAUAAAAAAAGGCACAAGGAUGACAGGAACCUAGAAGAUCAGAAAGGAGGAGGCCUUCAAAAGGAAACAGAAAAUGAACUUGAGAAGAGUAGCCUUACGGAAGAGCAAGGGCAUCCUGUUGGAUCUCAGAACUCUUCUGACAGCACUCUUAGAAGCACCAAAAGACAGAAGCUGAGCUCAUCCCCCGAUGGUGAGAAUAAUUCUGGAAGCAUUAUUCGGAUCCGGUUGCCUCUCCAAAGGCAAAAUGAUCCAGAAGUGUUACCCAGCAAGGAACAGCCUUGCACUGCCUCUGGGGGGACUUAUGAUGCAUGUACUCAAGUGAUGCAGGAACAGUCUCACAGAACAGGCUUGGAAGAGGGAGAACGGCCCUGUUCUACUUCCACAGAGAUGUGUCCAGAACUCAUAUUAAGGAUCAGUGAAGAAAAACCUUGUGACGCUACAAGAGUGUCCGAAAGUUCUGCUCAGAUGGCCGAAACUGUUGUGCCAUCAAGCUUGUGCUGCUGCUCCCCUCAAUCUUUAAAAUUGAGAGAUUUUAUUGAGAACUGGGUUUCACCUCCAAUGGAACCUGACUGCAGUUCUGAUGAUAUGGAGUGGCUGUUUGGGACAAAGCAGGACAAGAAAUGUGGAGCCAAAAUUGCUAAAGUGGGAAGUCUUGGUCUACCUCAUGCAAACUACACUACUUUGCCACAUGCUUGCUACUUGCCUGAGGCUGAUAUAUAUGCUUUACCAUUCACCUUGCCAUACUGAUAUGCUCUCGUGAAAAUUAAAUGCAGGAGCUAAAUUUCCAGUAAAUUUGUGCACUGUUAGUUGUUGGCAGUGCUGAGAAGUGUGAACUGAGUUUGCUGUCAAACAUUUCUUGAUAUGUGUUGACUGUUGAGAGACUCUGGAUCCAUUUGUUGGGUAAAUGUUGUGCGGAGAUGGUUAUAGAUGGUUAGGGAUUGACUAGUCGAUUAUUUCUUGUAGGAAGUAAAAAUUAGAAAUGUACCACAGGGCUUAUUCUUCUCUAUUAAUAUAAUCAUCUAAUCUUCCAGAA